AUGGCUCUAGGUCGUCCGGGUGGUGAGGAUAAGUAUAAAAAUGCCAAGGAUGCCAAGCAUUUAUUGGAUAGCAUUGGAGAAGAAGUGUACAAAGAAAUAGUGGAAAAGGAUGAUGCUGAAAAAUAUAAAGAGGCGUUGAAAGGAAAAUUGUCACAAGCAUCAAUUUGGAGGGAAACAGUUAGCAGCCUUAAAACAUGCGACAUUAUAAAAUAUGAAGGUCAUAAACUUCUUGCUGCUCGCGGUGAUCCGUGCAAAAAAGACACAAACGGAAACGAUGUAGACCGUUUUUCGGUUAAAGAACAAGCAGAAUAUGAUAACAAAAAAAUGAAAUGUAGUAAUGGUAGUAAUGGUAGUAAUGGUAAAAAUGAAGGAGCAUGUGCGUCGUUUCGACGAUUAAAUUUAUGCAAGAAAAAUAUGGAAAAAAUACCAACGUCGUCGACGAAGCAUGAUUUGUUGGCAGAUGUGUGUAUGGCAGCAAAUUACGAGGCACAGUCACUAAUACGUGAUCAUCCAAAAUAUAAAUUAAAAUAUUCUGAUUCUCAAUUAUGUACUGAGUUGGCACGAAGUUUUGCUGAUAUAGGAGAUAUCGUAAGAGGAAGAGAUUUGUAUUUAGGUAAUCCACAAGAAAAAGGAAAAAGAGAUGAAUUAGACAAGAAGUUGAAAGAUAUUUUCAAGCAAAUACAUGAUGACGUGACGACAAAUGGGAAGAAUAAGGAUGCGCUAAAAACACGCUACAAUGAUGAUGCCAAAGGAGGACAUUUUUAUCAAUUAAGAGAAGAUUGGUGGAUUGCAAAUCGGCACACCGUGUGGGAAGCAAUUACAUGUGACGACGACGACAAGCUAGGGGGUUAUUCAUAUUUUCGAGCAACAUGUGGUAGUGGAAAUAAUGCAACUCUGGCUAGAGACAAAUGCACGUGUAACAAUGGUGAUGUCCCCACCUAUUUCGAUUAUGUGCCGCAGUAUCUUCGCUGGUUCGAGGAAUGGGCAGAAGACUUUUGUAGGAAAAAGAAAAAAUAUGUUGAUAUAGUUAAAACAUAUUGUCGUGGAAAAGAUAAAAAUAGUGAAGAACGAUAUUGUAGCCGUAAUGGAUUUGAUUGCGAAAAAACUAAACGAGCGAUUGGUAAAUUACGUUAUGGUAAGCAAUGCAUUAGCUGUUUGUAUGCAUGUAAUCCUUACGUUGAGUGGAUAGAUAACCAACGAAAACAAUUUCUAAAACAAAAACAAAAAUACAUAAAUGUAAUAAAUGGAGCACCAGUUAGUAGGAGACAAAAACGGGAUGCACGUAACGAAAAUUAUGAUGGGUAUGAAAGUAAAUUUUAUAAAAUACUUAAAAUUGACUAUCAAAAUGUUGAAGAUUUUUUAAAAAAAUUAAGUAAUGAAGAAAUAUGCACAAAAGUUCAAGACACAGAAGGAGGAAAAAUUAAUUUUGAAAACGUUAAUAGUGGUGCUAGUGGUACUAAUGUUGAAAGUCAAGGAACAUUUUAUCGUUCAAAAUAUUGCCAACCCUGUCCUCAUUGUGGAGUGAAAAUGAAAGAUGGUAAAUGGGAAACCAAAGGAGAAGAUGAUAAAUGCAAUAUAAAACUUUAUAGGCCUAAAGGUGGCAAAGAUGGUACUCCUAUUAAAAUCCUUAAAAGUGGUGAAAAACAAAAAGAAAUUGAAACAAAAUUAAAAGCGUUUUGCAAAACACAAAAUGGUGGUGGUGGUAGUGAUGAUUGUGGUGGUAAUAGUGAUUCUUCUUUGUGUGAACCAUGGCAAUGUUAUCAACCUGAAGAGCUGACGAAAGAUGAUCAGGGUGAGGAGGACGUGGAUGACCUGGAAUAUGAAAACGAGGUAAUAAAUGCAGGCGGAUUGUGCAUAUUAAAAAAAAAAAAAGAAAAAAAGACUGAUAAUGACCCUGAUGAAAUCCAAAAGACAUACAAUGAUUUUUUUAAUUUUUGGGUGGCACAUAUGUUAAAAGAUUCUAUAUAUUGGAAAAAAAAACUUCAGAGAUGUUUACAAAAUGGUAACAGAAUAAAAUGUGGAAACCAACAAUGUAAUAAUGAUUGUGAAUGUUUUCAAAAAUGGAUUAAACAAAAAAAAGACGAAUGGGACCGAAUAAAACAACAAUUUCGCAAGCAAGAUUUUCGCAAGCAAGGAGAAAAUAUCGCAGGUGGAAUGUUAGGCAAAGAAAUAGAAUCUCCUGAUUUUGUUCUUCAAGAAGUUUUGAAAUUAGAAUUUUAUAAAGAAAAAUCCGAAGACGGUUCCGCACAAGAUACCGAAAAUAGUCUGGAUGAAGAGGAGGCAGAGGAACUAAAAUACAUUCGCGAAAUCAUUGAAAAAAAAAAUCAAGAACCAGCUGGUGCCAAUGGACAGAAAACUAUAAUGGAUAAAUUGAUCGACUACGAAAAAGACGAAGCCAAAAAAUGCAAAGACUGUCAAGAAACGCAACCACAACCACCCGGCGGAGAUGGUGUUGCAAAAAUUGGACAACCACGUUCUGAAGUUCAACCAGAGGAAGAAGAAGAAGAAGAAGAAGAAGAAGAGGAAGAAGACAAAGAAGACGACGACGACCUCGAUCGCAAAGACGCGGAAGACCAGGAGGCGGAAGUGGAAACGGCAAAGGAGGGGGAUGUGGUAACAACAAAAGAAACAACAGUAGAAGACCCCAAGGUGUGUGAUAUAGUAAAAACCGCACUAGAAAACAGGGAAAAUCUCCAAGAUGCAUGUAAUUUAAAAUAUGUGAAAGGCAAAAACUACGGCUGGAAAUGUGUUCCUACCACUAGUGGUGGUGACAACAACACACCUGGUGAAACCACUGGCAGUGAGAGUGAACGUGCCGAACCCACACGUGCCAAACGUGCAGCACCUAGUUCCCCUAGUGGUAAAGAUACUGGUAGUGUUUGUGUGCCACCCAGGAGGCGAAAACUAUACAUACACGAUUUACAAUCACUAAUCGGAAAGGACAGCACAACGCCGACACAAGAGGAUUUACUCAAGUGGUUUAUAGAGACGGCAGCUAUAGAGACUUUUUUCUUAUGGCAUAGAUAUAAAAAAAUAAAAGAAAAGGAAAUAGAGGAAAAAAGAAAACGAGAAAAUGGAGAACUCCCCUUUCUCGCCCGGUCAACAUCAGUUGAAAUGAAAGCACUAUCGGGAGCUGGUGGAGGACCAGAACUAACCGGUUCAGGCAGUGAUGACCCCAACGACCCCAAUAACAUAUAUAGUGGAAAAAUCCCCCCCCCUUUCUUGCGUCAAAUGUUUUAUACAUUAGCAGACUACAAAGAUAUAUUAUUUGGUGAUAAAGGCGAGAAGAAUGGUUACAGCGACAUAAUUAAUGGUGAUAAAGAAAUGGCGCAAAAAGAACAGAACAUAAAAACUGCUAUAGAAAGUGUUUUCAAACCUAGUGGUUCCUCACCUCCUGCUCCUGGCAAAAAAAACCCCGUCCAAACACCAAAAGACUGGUGGACAAAAUAUGGUCCAUCUAUUUGGGAAGGUAUGGUAUGUGCACUAACAUAUAAAGAAAAUAGUAGUGGUGGAGAGGGCAAAACAAUAGAAAAGGUUAAAACUGCGGAUGACAAAGAUCUUUUCGAUACACUCAAAGGCAAAUACAGCGACUACGAAAAAGUCAAACUUGAGGAUACAAGUGGUGCCAAACCCAAAGACCCUAAAGCCUCACCCAGUGGUGAAAAAACCACCCUUGUGGACUUUAUUUCUCGCCCCCCCUACUUCCGUUACCUUGAAGAAUGGGGUCAAAAUUUUUGUAAAAAACGAACAGAGAUGUUGGGGAAGAUAAAGGAGGAGUGUCGUGGUGAUAGAGGUGGUCACCAAUAUUGUAGUGGGGAUGGACAUGAUUGUACACGAGAGGAUAUUAAACAUAAUGAUAUGUUUUCAAAUUUAGAUUGUCGUCCUUGUUAUAAACAAUGUAGAAAAUAUAGAAAAUGGAUAGAUAUAAAAUUCGAAGAAUUUAGGAAGCAAGAAAAGAAAUAUGAAGAGGAACAUGGAAAAGUAAUCACGUCUUCAAAUAAUGCUGAUGAUAAAAACAUUUAUGAAAAAUUAAAAGAUUAUACUUCUGCUGCAAAUUUUUUGGAAGCAUUGAAACAUUGCAAAGAUGGUCAAACUGGUGGGGAAAAAAAGAGUAAUGAUCAAGAUAAUAAAAUAAAUUUUAAUGAUCCUAAAACCACGUUUGGCCCUUUAGAAUAUUGUAAAACGUGUCCUCCCAAUAAAGUUAAUUGUAAUGGUAGACGUCGUACAAAUCCAUGCACACCAGAUAACGGAAAAGGUAAUAAAUGGAUAGAGGUUUUUGAUAAAAUACCUAAAAACAAUGGAAAGACUACUACUAUUGAUGUCCAUAUGAUUGAUCGUAGGGGACCGUUUAUUAAAGAGUAUUUAAAAAAUUCAGAAAAAUCAUUUAAAGAUUCAUAUCUUUUUAAAAGUUUAAGAACUGAAGAAUGGGAAUGUAGAUUUAAUAAAGAAAAAAAGAUGGAUGUAUGUAAAUUAAAUAAGUUUGACGCAAAUAUAGACCUCAAUGAAUAUACUACAUUUAAAGUAUUGAUAGUAUAUUGGUUAGAAGAUUUUUUAUAUUCUUAUUACAUAUUAAAAAAAAAAAUCGAACUAUGUACACAAAACAAAGAACAGACAUGUAGUGAAGGAAAUUCAAAAAACGGUUGUGUAUGUGUAAAAAAAUGGGUAGAAAAAAAGAAAAAGGAGUGGGAUCAAAUAAAAAAACAUUUUAAUAAUCGAGAACAAAAAGAGGGUGACGAUGACAUGAAAUCUUCGGUUAAAAUGUUUUUGGAGGAUUUGCAACAUCUAACUGAACUUAACAAAAUUAUGAAACCUUGUACAGAAUUAUAUCAUUUCUUGAAGUCACUUGGAUGUACUGAAACUGAUUCCUCAGAAAAUAGUAAAGAAGACGCUAUAGAUUGUAUGCUUAAAAAGCUUGAAAAAAAAACAGAAUCUUGUUCAGACGAACAUAGUGACCAAACCCACCAAACAUCGUGUGAUUCCCCCCCCCUCGUUGAAGACGAAGACGAUACACUACACGAAGAAAUAGAGGUGAAGAUGCCGGAAAUUUGUAAAAAUGUAGUGGAUACAAAAAAAGAAAACGAUGAAACAGGAGAAACUUGUACAUCAGAAGACACGAUAACAAAAGAAACAGUGGAAACAGAUAGCACUGAUGGACCCAAACAAGAGGAAGAACGUAUUGCCCCAUCGGCAGGAGAUGAUGGUGCCACACGUGGACCUCAAGAACCAUCACCAAAAGCAGAUAGUGGUGAUGACAACCCCGAAACCCCACAACCAAAACCCCCCUCAAAUGUGUUCGACAACCCCCAUGUUAAAACCGCCCUCAUGUCUUCUACCAUCAUGUGGAGUAUUGGCAUCGGUUUUGCUGCAUUCACUUAUUUUUAUCUAAAGAAAAAAACCAAAUCUACUAUUGAUCUUUUGCGUGUCAUUAAUAUCCCCAAAAGUGAUUAUGAUAUACCGACAAAACUUUCACCCAAUAGAUAUAUACCUUAUACUAGUGGUAAAUACAGAGGCAAACGGUACAUUUACCUUGAAGGAGAUAGUGGAACAGAUAGUGGUUACACCGAUCAUUAUAGUGAUAUUACUUCAUCUUCCGAAAGUGAGUAUGAAGAAUUGGAUAUUAAUGACAUAUAUGUACCAGGUAGCCCUAAAUAUAAAACAUUGAUCGAAGUGGUACUAGAACCUAGUGGUAACAACACAACAGCCAGUGGUAACAACACAACAGCUAGUGGUAACAACACAACAGCUAGUGGUAACAACACAACAGCUAGUGAUACACAAAAUGAUAUACAAAAUGAUGGUAUACCUAGUAGUAAAAUUACAGAUAAUGAGUGGAAUACAUUGAAACAUGAUUUUAUAUCUAAUAUGUUACAAAGUGAACAACCAAAUGAUAUACCAAAUGAUUAUACAAGUGGAACUAUUCCAACAAAUACCAAUAUUACUACCACGUCACGUCAUAAUGUGGAUAAUAAUACCAAUACUACCAUGUCACGUGAUAAUAUGGAAGAAAAACCUUUUAUUACUUCUAUUCAUGAUAGGGAUUUAUAUACUGGAGAAGAAUACAAUUAUGAUAUGAGUACUAACAGUGGUAAUAAUGAUUUAUACAAUGGUAAAAAUAAUUUAUACAGUGGUCAAAAUAAUGUAUACAGUGGUAUUGAUCCAACAAGUGAUAACCGUGGUCUAACAAGUGGCAAACAUGAUUCAUAUAGUGGUAUCGACCUAAUCAACGACGCACUAAGUGGUAAUCAACCUAUUGAUAUAUAUGAUGAAUUGUUAAAACGAAAAGAAAACGAAUUAUUUGGGACAAAUCAUACGAAAAAAAAUACAUCAACCAAUAGUGUUGCAAAAAAUACAAAUAGUGACCCCAUCCACAACCAACUGGAACUAUUCCAUAAAUGGCUAGAUAGACAUAGACAUAUGUGCGAAAAGUGGGAAAAUCAUCACGAACGAUUAGCCAAAUUGAAAGAAGAAUGGGAAAAUGAGACACAUAGUGGUAACACUCACACUAGUGAUAGUAACAAAACGUUGAAUACUGAUGUUUCUAUACAAAUACAUAUGGAUAAUCCUAAACCUAUAAAUCAAUUUACUAAUAUGGAUACUAUCUUGGAAGAUCUGGAAAAAUAUAAAGAACCUUAUUAUGAUGUGCAAGAUGAUAUUUAUUAUGAUGUAAAUGAUCAUGAUGCAUCAGUUGUGGAUAGUAAUGCUGUGGAUGUUCCUAGUAAAGUACAAAUUGAAAUGGAUAUAAAUACUAAAUUAGUGAAAGAGAAAUAUCCUAUAACCGAUGUAUGGGAUAUAUAA